AUGGUUCACAAAGUCCUCUUCUGGGGCGGCUUUGGCAUUGCCGUCCGUCUCUGGCAGCUCGGAAUCGAAAUGCGCCCUAUCCUCGCCAAGGAGUCCCUCUGGGUGUACCCUUUGUUCGCCGGUGUUGGUGGAAGCUUCGGAUACUGGCUCCAGGGUGUUGAGAACAGACAGCUCAAGAUGCUCGCACAACGGCGGGAGGCUAUCUUGGAGAAGCGUCGGAGACGGGACGAACGCGAGGGCACAUUGAGCGCGGCCGCCGGGGCACUCGCCGCAGCUUCGUGA